GCGAGCGGCCGAGGGCAGGCAGGCCAGCAGGGAGGAGCCGCCGAAGGCGCGACGCGCCAGCGCUCCUUCUCGGUGCAGCUGGGCGCCGGUUCCCACGAGCGAUCUUCACCUUCGCUCCGCCAGCAGUCGUGGAAUGACAGAGAAGGUCACGAGGCCACCGAAGAAAAGGCAAGAAGUAGCAGCAGCAGCCAAGGAGCCUUGGAGGCUAAGCGAGCGAGCGAGCGAGCAGCCGGUACUGAAAAACCGGCGGCCAGUGUGAUGAACGAGUACCUCGGCGUGAGGAGUCUGUCCCCAGCAGCGAAGUACCCGCCAGCCAUGCGAGAGAAGGACUCGAGCCCGCGCAAGAUGCCCGGCCACAUAAGCCCUAAGCAGGCGAGCAUCUACCCGGUGAGCGUGCGCUCGAGCUUGGCCGCGCAGGCUGCCAGCUCGUCGACGAGCGGCGGCCCUGGCGCCGCGGAGCCCGAGGCCGAGCUGCCCUACGACCUGACGCGCCACACGGGCAGCCCCUGCUCCAGCUCGAUGAGCCCGGCCGCGCGCACCCGCGGCCCCGGCAGCCGGCCGCUCGACGACGCCAGCUGCGAGCCGCUGGACCUGCGCCUCGACCACAAGAAGGAGAGCCUGCGCGACGAGAACCAGAACGAGAUCGAGGCGCUCAACCAGAACAGCGCGGCUCCGCAGCCGGGCGGCGAGCGCGGCGCCGCCGGCCUGCCCUACCACACGGUGCUCUUCCCCCAGCACCACGCGGUGCACCCGCUGGUCCUCGAGGCUAUGUACCGCUCGCAGCAGCAGCUCGCGCAGCCGGCCGAGCUGCCCAAGAUCCAGGUGCGCGCGCUGCCGACGAUGGUGCCGCUGCCCGGCGGCCGGUUCUCCGCGACGGCCGCGUCCGCCGGCAGCGCGGCCGCGAGCUGCGCGCUGAGGCCGCCCAGCCCGGGUGGCCAGCUGGGCCAGCUGGGCCAGCAGCCGCAGGCCGGCGCGUCCGAGGCGGGCGCGCAGGCCCACGCGGGCCCGCAGCCGGCGACCGGCCCGGGCCUGCCGGCCUACUCGAUAGCCGUGGGCGCGGGCCUGAAGCCCAAGGACCGCUACUCGUGCAAGUUCUGCGGCAAGGUGUUCCCGCGCUCGGCCAACCUGACGCGCCACCUGCGCACCCACACCGGCGAGCAGCCCUACAAGUGCAAGUACUGCGAGCGCAGCUUCAGCAUCUCGAGCAACCUGCAGCGCCACGUGCGCAACAUCCACAACAAGGAGAAGCCGUUCAAGUGCCCGCUGUGCGAGCGCUGCUUCGGGCAGCAGACCAACCUGGACAGGCACCUGAAGAAGCACGACGCCGACGGGCCGACGAUACUGGACGAGGUGCGCUCCAGGUACCACGGCCAGCUGCCGCGCGCCGACGAGUCCUACUUCGAGGAGAUCCGCAGCUUCAUGGGCAAGAUCACGUCGCGCGGCGGCCAGGCCUCGCUGCCCUACUUCCCCGGGCUGCUGGGCGCGGCCAGUCCCGAGGAGCGCGCCGCCUGGAGCGAGAAGCACCAGCUGAGGCUCGAGGACAAGCGCCAGAGCGCGGCCGGCCAGGCCCACGGCGACUCGUCCUACUUCAGCGACCGCGACAACCUGAGCUCGAGGUCGAGCAGCAGCGCGCCCGAGAGCCUGCACGAGGAGCAGCAGUCGCCGCCGCUGUCGCCGGCGGCCAACAAUACCUGAGCCCGCUCACCUGCUCCUCCUUGCGACUGGCCUGCUCGCUGCUUCCUC